UUUUGAUGACCGCACCUCAUCAGACACUAGAAUAAAAUAUUUGACUGAUGGAUGUCUGUUGCAAGAGUUCAUUGACGAUCCAGAUUUGAUGGAUUACAGUGCAGUGAUUUUAGACGAAGCUCAUGAAAGAAGUUUAGAUACCGAUAUUCUAUUUGGACUUGUUAAAAGACUAUUUCUUGCUAACCCUUCUAAAACUUCGAAGAGAAAAUCUCCUCUAAAAAUUAUUGUCAUGUCCGCCUCCUUGAAUCAUGAAAAGUUUUCAAAAUUCUUUGGAUCAUGUCCAGUGCUUGAGAUACCAGGUCGAAAUUUCCCAGUGAAAACAAUCUACUGUAAUUUUAUUGGAAAGGAUAAUGUCAACACUCCAAAUUACUUGACAAAUACUGUUAACAAAGCAAUGGAGAUCCACACAGAAUGCGGAGCUGGUCACAUCCUGAUAUUUCUGACUGGGCAAGAUGAGAUUGAGCGAUGCUGUGAUAAGUUGUUUGAAAAAGCAGAAAACCUGGACUACAGAUACGAUGUCUCAAGUCGACAUGUCAAUGCAAUGUUGGUUCUUCCGCUAUAUGGGUCAAUGCCGACUGAGCUCCAGAAACGAGUGUUUGCUCCCGUGGAUGGUGGUGUGAGAAAGGUUGUUGUUGCGACAAAUAUUGCAGCCACAUCACUCACAAUAGAGGGAAUAAGAUAUGUGAUCGAUUGUGGCUUUGUUAAACAGCUUGUAUUUAAUCCAAGAACUGGAUUAGAUUCCCUUAAUAUUGUUUUAAUAUCCAGGUCCGAGGCUUUGCAGAGAUCUGGCAGAGCAGGCAGGACUAAUGAAGGAAUAUGUCAUCGUUUGUAUACAAGAGAAGUUCAUGAUGAUAUUAUGGAUCAGGAAACAGCCCCUGAGAUUCAAAGAACAAAUUUAGCUAAAGUUGUUUUGUAUUUGAAAACAAUGAACAUCAAUGAUGUGAUAAGGUUUGAUUACAUUGAUUGUCCGGAGGAGAAGAUGAUUAUCGAAGCUUUGAAACAGCUGUACAUUCUUGGUGCAUUAGACAGAAAGGGUGAUAUCACAGCUAUUGGUCAUAACAUGGUGAAGUUUCCACUCUCUCCCUCUCUAUCAAGAAUAGUUUUAGCCUCGUUGGAGUUCAACUGCGUGGAACCUGUGUUGAUAAUCAUAGCAAUGCUCGCAGUGGAGGAUAUUUUCUUACGUCCUGGGAAUCGCAAAAGAUUUUCUGAGGCUACGAAAGCCUGGGAAGAGCUGGCCGCUUCUGCCGGAGGAAAUAACGACUUCUUAACUCUGCUUUACGUUUUUGAAGAAUGCUUUAAAAGCACUGAACCGGCCGAUUGGUGUCGUGACUAUUUUGUUCAUUGGAGAGCUCUGAAGACGGCUGCAAACAUUCUUGAGCAGCUCAGGUCCAUUACACAACAUCAGAAAAUGGAAAGGAAUUUUGAGAAAUCAAGGAACGAUUUGCAAAGUGAAAAAGAUGCGAUCAUAAACUCAUUGUGUCAAGGACUCUUUCACAAAACAGCCCGAAAAGGCGGUGGAAGAAGUUUUCGAACAAUGGAUGGACAUGGGACGUCAGUCUUUAUUCAUCCUUCGUCAGCGGUAUGA